UAAAAUCGUUAAUAAAAUAAACAAAAUGAUUGGUUUGAGAGCGCAUCGAGAUAGAGAUCGAGGAAACGAAGGAGCCGAGGAGGAGGAGAGAAAAUACUAGAAUCUGUGUCUUGUGGAUACGAAAUUCAAAUUAAGUUUGUGGGAGAGAAACUCAGAUAAACCUGUCACAAGAUCUGUGUUGUGAAAUUAGUGAGAGCAAAAAUCUCUAAAUCGGUGGGAGAUUGAUUGAAGAACGGUAAGCGGCAAAAUAUGAAGACGACGAAAGGAGGGAAAGUGAUGAACCCUACUGAUGCUUUUCGCAAGGAGCAACGCAAGAGAGAAAUUAAACGUAACAAGAAAGAGAGACAGAAGGUAAGAGAAGUUGGAAUUUUGAAGAAGGAUCCUGAACAGAUCAAGGAACAGAUCAGGAAACUUGAUAUGUCAAAGGCUGAAGGUGCUUUGGACAAAGCAAGAAAACAUAAAAAGAGACAGCUUGAAGAUACUCUCCAAAUGGUGGUCAAGAAGAGAAAGGAAUAUGAUGAGAAAAAGAAGGAGCAAGGUGAGGCCACAACCUCUGUUAUGUUCAGUCAUCUACCCCCUCAACGAAGAGCAACCGGCGAAGAGGACUUAAAACCAGAGGACUCUGUUUACUAUCACCCUACGUUGAACCCAACUGGUGCACCACCCCCUGGAAAGCCACCAAUGUAUAAUUCAUCAAUAGGGACUAGUAUCUCAUCAGAUGGUGCUUCUUCUAGUGGUGCUGCAUUGUCUUCUAUUACCGAUUCAGAAGAUUCAGUCCUAGUUGCUCCUCCUCCACUUCCCCCACUCCCUCCUCUACCAGAUGGGAAUAAUACUUUAGCUGCUUCUUUGCCACCAACUACGGGCCUUACUUUGCCAAACCCACUAUUUCCACCCCCACCUCCGGGGCCACCGCCAAAAGAGCAGGAUUUGGUUCGUCCUCCUCUUCCUCCACUUCCUCCUGGUCUAAGUGGAAAUGAAGAUGAUGGUAGAUUCCCUGAAUCAUCCGAUCUAACCUUCAACAAUCGCAAGAACGCUAAUAUAACUUCAGCCUCUCCUCCCCCACCACCUGGCCUUCCAUCAGGUCCGCCUAGCAACGAAUCUGAGAGUGUUCCUUCAGAAUGUAACUCGAGUAGUUUCCAAAAUGCUAACCUCUCUAAGAUGGUUGCACCACCCCCACCCCCACCACCACCAUUACAUCAGCAACAUCAAUCAACAUUUGCAGGAGGUGCUGCUUCACUCACUAAUUUUCAAACUGAUGUUCAUCUGCCUCCAGUAAUGCGUUUUCCACCUCCACCGCCUCCGCUCGAUAUGCAUCCUGGAAUGUUGGGUGGUCAUCAUAUCCAUCAUAUCCCAAGGCCACCGUAUGGCCCACCGCCUGGACCUCCUCCAAUGGUGAGACCACCGCUUCCACCAGGACCACCGCCGUCUAGUUUUCAAGACGGUCAAGCAAUGAUCAGACCAUAUGUACCAAACAAGCCAUCUUAUGUGAAAUCUGCUGCUCCUACUGUUGUGCGGAGACCACUUGCCCAACACACACCUGAGCUUACAUCAAUGGUUCCUGCGUCAGUUCGAGUCAAAAGAGAAUCAGUAGCUGUGACUAAACCAAAGCCAAAGACAUCGAUGACCACGAGCUUGGGUUUUAGACCAAGAGCUAUUGCUUCUGCUGCACCUGUGAAGGUAGAGUCAGCCAAGACAUCUGCAGCUUCAAAGCCACAGAGCAUUGAUGAUUCUUACACAGCUUUCUUAGAGGACAUGAAAGCUCUUGGAGCACUUGAUGGAUAAACUUAAUGGUCUUAUUAUUUGUCUUCAAACAAAGCUAUUUUGGUGUUGUUGGAUUAAGAAUAUUGGAGAAGUAAAAAGAUUGUUAUAUGAACUUAACUCGCUAA